UGAAAUCUUAUUCUGUCAAUCCCAGACCACACUUGCAAGGUGUGAAAUCUUCUGAGUUAAGUCCAGGGACUAAGUUUCAAGGAGUCCAAUUUUGGGGGAAGCACCUUGGCUCACAGCAAGCUGUGCAACCUGCAUUCAAUUUGAGUCCUCAGAUAAAUGGUACAAAAUCUGAGGUAUUUUUACCAGAGCCACUGCUUAAGUUGUAAAAUCUGUGGACAUAAAUAAGCAGCCAUUGCUUUAUGAUGCAAAUUCUGCAAAAAUGAUUUCAGCCUCUGAGCUACCGGACUUAAAAUAUGAGGUAUUUACGCUAGAGCCAUGUUUUCAAAAAGCAAAAUCUGUGGAGUUAAAACCAGAACCAUAUCCUCAAGGUGUGAAAUCUGUGGAGUUAAAACCAGAACCAUAUCCUCAAGGUGUGAAAUCCGUGGAGUUAAAACCAGAACCAUAUCCUCAAGGUGUGAAAUCUGUGGAGUUAAAACCAGAACCAUAUCCUCAAGGUGUGAAAUCCGUGGAGUUAAAACCAGAACCAUAUCCUCAAGAUGUGAAAUCCGUGGAGUUAAAACCAGAACCAUAUCCUCAAGGUGUGAAUUCUGAGGAGGUGCAUUCACACCUCAGGCAGCAUAAUGUAAGAUCUAUGCUAUUUGUAUCAGAGCCACUUUCUCGAGAUGUGAAAUCUGUGAAGCCAACUCUAUGGCCACAACCUCAAAGUGUAAAUUCUUUGACAUCAUGCUUUAGGUCACAAUGCAUUAAAUCUGUGGCCUUUGCACCGAAGCUAUGUUUUCAAGAUGUAAAACCUAUGGAGCUGACGCCAGGGGCCCAACAGCAAGGUAUAAAUAUCAUGGAGUUGACUUCAGGAUGGCAAGAUGUGAAAUCAAUGGUGUUGGCACCAGAGCCAACUAGGAAGUUCUCAUCAGGACCAAUGUUGGCUAGUGUCAGAUUUUCAAAUUUGUCUCCAGAAUCACAGCAUCAAGCCAUGAAAUCUUUGGAGUUUACUCUAGAGUCAAAGUUGCAAAGUGUAAAACAUGUGAAAUUGUCUUCGGUGUCUCUGCAGCAAGAAAAAGUUGUUCAGCCUGAGAAAGCGACCCCUGGACCACCAUUUCAAGUUGUAAAGUCUAGGACAACGCCAAGGCCCACCCCUCAAGUGGUAGAUAUAUUGAGUUGACUCCAAAACUGCAAGAUGUGCAACCUUGCACACAAAGGAAGGCUAAAAUUCAUACUCAAGCUUUCAGGAGUUCUACUUCCACAGCAGAUUUGCAGUCUGGGUCCUCCCAGUCCCCUGCUCCUGUACUAAUCGACAUCAGAGGAAGACAACACAGCAGCCCUGACCUGGAAGAAAAGACAAUAAUUAGAGCAUGUAGACACUAUGAAUCCAUUCAGGUUCACACCCUAUCGGAGAGUGACUCUGAAAUCACUCAGAAUGAGAAACGGGCUAAGUGAGAACCAAAAAGACCUCUGGUUCAAAAUAUCCAAUGAAGAGAAUGACCAAGGGCCUUAGAAAACACAGAAAGUUCUACACAAGCAGUAGAACCACAAAAGAGAGACCCUCUAGGGAAUUACAAGCCCAUUUAAGAAGGAAGACGAUUGGAGCAGCUCAGACAAGUACUGCCUUCUUAAAAAGACAACCUAAGAAACCUUCCCAACCCAAGUUCAUGCAACUGCUUUUUCAGGGCCUACAGCGGGCAUUCCA